AGUCGCAUUCUGAAUCUCAACAAAGAAAGAUCAUAUCGUAAUAAUAUUUGGAUUACUUUCUUUGAGAAACAAAAAUAAAAAUAAAUAAAUAAAAGAAAAGCAGGAAUAGGUGCUUUUGAAAUAACGUCGUAACGCAACGAACUUUAAUUAUUGCGAAGCAGUAACUAAAUAAAAACAACUUAGAAAUUUUGUGCAAGAGUGUAGGGGCAGUGAAAAAGUCCCUGGGUGAUGUCGUUCUCUGGAUGACCGGAAGUGUCUAGUUGACAAAUUUAUGUUUCAUGCAGCCCAUAAUCCCCUAUAAUUGGAUAAUGUCAAUGUGAAGAAAUACUGCGUGUGAAGUAGGUUUCGAAAGACGAACGAAAAAGCAUCAUGAUUUGUGCAUCUGUGAAUUGAUUUCUGCAAAUCAUUUGUGGCUCCAAAUGAUGAUCUAUCGGCUCGUUGUGCCAAUCGCUGUCGCUCUCCUUGGACACUUUGUGACGAAUGGUGAUGAGGGAAUUUCCACGACAACACACAGAAGUGUUCUCGAUCAUGUGUGCUAUCGCGAAGAGAACAUUACAGAACUUGAGGAACGGAGAGUGACGCAGCCGGUGCGAAUCCGAUCACACGUCUGGUGCCUGGAAUUCCCACCGAGAUGUGCGCACUACCGAACAGAGAUGAAGGAGAUCAUCAAGUGGCAGAAUGUCACGAAAACGCGGCUCGUGGAGCAUUGCUGCGAUGGCUUCGAAGAAGUCACCGAGGCCAAUGAGAUUAUCUGCAAGCCCAUCUGUCCGGAGGGUUGCCGGAGGGGCUUUUGCCAUCAACCCAACAUGUGUGUCUGCAAUCCUGGAUGCCAGAAUGGGGGCCUUUGUGACAGCAAGAAAGGGGUGUGUCGAUGUCCAAAUGGAUGGUUAGGAGAUAGUUGCGAAAUUCCUCAAGUGGACACCACAACUCCUAAAAUAAACCCAACAACUCCCCUGAAGCUCAUCCCAGUCACAGAAAUCUUCCCAAGGAACACUUCAGCAUCAAUUGAGGAACUCAAUACGACGCUGGUGAAUCUUGAGGAUAACAUUGAGAAGCUGAAACAGCAGCUGAACACAACAACAACAACCCAGAGUGACAUAUCCAUCCUGGAACUUCAUACACCUCUUCCUGAAUUGGUCAUCACUCAUCAGAAUGUUGUCCCAACAGGAGAUCACUUGGUAGAGGUGGGAAGUGGGUCGGAAAUAGUCGUCCUAAGCAAUUGGGAUAUCAAUGGAACACUCGUGAGAAAUACAAGUGAUCCUGCGAGUGAAAAUGGAAGCGACAGCAGCACAAUUGUUCUCCUGGCCACGAGUGUCUUCCUCUCUGUCAUUCUCUUGCUUCUGUUUGUGGUUUUACUGUAUUGGAAGAGGAAACUGGAUGGACAUACAGGAAGGAGGUCCAGUACAGACAGCAAUGUCAGCAUUCAGGCAAAGGACGAAUUGGAUGGCAAGAUUGUGAACAAACCCCUCCCAGAAAUCCCUUUUGUGGACAUAAAGAGCAAAAAUUCACCCCAUCGGAAGAGUGUUCAAUUUGUAGAGAGCCCCAUUCUUCACUACGAGGACUCCCGAACUGAACUACCCAAAGAUGCUGCUCUGACCUACAGUUACCCUUCUUCAGCAUCACAAUCUUCAACUAAUUCAACAAGGGAGCAUCUUUACGAUGAGAUUAAGUAUCCAGUCUUCACAAGCGACGUUGUUCAUGUUUAAAUUUUCCAAAAAACCCAAAAAUGUGUUUUUAGAAUCCCUGAAGAUAGGAAAGCUAUCUUCCAUUUCGAAAGAGAAUGAUUGAUUGAAACUGAGGUUAGACGAUUAUCCGAAAAGAUUAACGGAAAUAAAGACCGAUUAUAAAGGAGAGAGAGACGAAACGGAUAAGAGAUAAGACAUUGAUUGUGAAAUAUUUGAGCCUGAGAUAUCAACGUUCAAUGUGGCCCUGAAAAUAGGUUUCACAUAAUUAUAAAACGUAUAAAGUAGGGGAGUCCAAUUAGGAACCUGUGCAAUACGUAUUAUGUUCAGAAGUUUGAACAUAUCGUAAAAUUCUCAAAACGUUUUCAUAUCAGGGCACAAUAGAAUUAAACCAAUUCGUUAAUCAAGUAAGAACCAGUCAAAAUAAUGGCAUAAAAGAAUUUAUAGAAUGUAUUUAACUUUAAAAAAAUUACCCAGUUCAUAACCGUUUUGUACAGGUUUCGACUUAACUAGGACACUAAGAACAUUUCAACAAUUCCAAUUUUUAUAAAUUUGGUUGUUAAAUAUGCUUUAUAAGUCUUGAACCUUUGAAUUAAAACAAGGAAAACCAUAUACUAGAUGCUGUUGUGCCAUUUUAAAGAAUAUACACAAAAUAAUCCAACUGGUCAAUCA